GAUAUUCCAUCUCGGGUGACGGCAGCUUGGGCCCGGAGGCUAGACAGACGUUGUUGGAUAUGGGUUUCUUUAUGCCUGGGACCAAGAAGCGUACGUCAGCGGAAGCGCUGGAGGAACCGCCUCUGGAUGAUAUUCCUUUUAGUGAACUGCGGUCUGGAUGCGAGGGGCCGCCUAUGGUGGGAAACUUCUCUGGCAAUGUUGAUGAGUUCGUGGAUGGCUUUGGCAGGUGCUCUCCGGGACGCUGGAAGCCUUCAAAUCGGGGGCGACGCCUCUCGGAUUCGGCCCGGGGCUUUGCGGAAGGCCUCAGAGGAAGGGUGCAAAAAAGUGUACUGGAGUGCGUUCCUGAUGUGGCGAGGGCCACUUUUCGGCUGGCGACAGGGAAAUGGGAUGGACCACUGUUCCCGAAGGACAAGCUUGACACUCUGCGUGAAGACUGGUUUCGGAUGUUACCUGAUCCUGAGAGGGCCAAGGAGGUGACACCGGGGCAACCGUUUUUCUUGAGGGCUAUUGCUCAAACAUUGGAGAUUCUGGAGGACCCCGACUUCGGGAUUGUCGAACAGGGAAAAUACUGUUUCUGCAACGGCGUUGAAGUUGGGCACUUACGUCCUUUGGGCCCUGUCCCUCAAGUUUAUCGCCUGAGGAGGAAGGAUCAGAAGUACGAUGAUUCUUCCUGGGAACCGGAGAUGCGAAACCACGGGGAAGGGCCGGAGGUGGAGCGUUCUCUGCAAGAGGCCUUUGAAAAGGAAGAGCGGGAAGGCAGGAUGUUCCCUUUAUCUUUGGGAGAAGCCAAGAAAAGGUACCCUGGCAACCAGUUGAGGAUAGCGGCACAGGCGGUGAUCCCAAAACCGGACAUUGAUUUUCGAGUGGUUCAUGACGCCACCCACGGCGUCCAGGUGAACAACGAGAUUGUGAUGAAGGAUCGUCUGGAGUCUCCUGGAUCCUGGGAGGUUGCUGCUAUACAGAAGCUGGGGUCCUCGUCUGACGAAAAGGUUUUCUUUGGAAUUGUGGGUGAUGUUUCUAAGGCCCAUAGGAGGUACUUGCAUCACCCGGAGCAAUGGGGAGUCCUUGCUUGUAGGACUCACUCGGAGUCUCAGGUGCUUUGGAUAAAUAAAACAGGAACGUUCGGAGUGGCUUCUGCGGCCUACUGGUUUUCGAGACUCACUGGAUUGGUGGGCCGGCUUUCUUUUCGAGUGCUACUGGAGACCUUUAUCUUCAUGCUCAUCUACGCGGAUGAUCUUCACCUGGUCAGUGGAGGUCGCAACCGCUGGAUAAACAUAUGA